GUUGACCAAAGGCUCCGACCCCAACUGGCGAAAUCGAAGUCGAGCAAUCUGAGCAACUCCUUUCAGCUGGAUUGAGCUGACUCGCCAACCAGCCAAUGCCCUGCAUGCAUGGGAAGUGCGCCGAAUGACCUGCCAUCACCUCCUUUCUACCGAAGGUUGGGCGCCGAUGAGAAUUGUGAGCCGACAUGGAGCCGCGCAAGCGUGGCGCGGGGAAUUGUGUGUUCGGCACUCGCCCUGGCGCUGACCUUCCUCUUUUUUGCCCGAGGCACCGGGUCCGCGGCUCCCUCCAGAUGUGUGUUUAACGUCUUCUUGGCGCGGCACUGCGACAAGAACCCUCCCUGGGCAAAGGACCCCACACGCAUGGAGCUGUGCACGGAGCAGGGCCUCCUGCGGGGCGAGCACUUGGCGCGCGCCUUCGGGCCCCAGGGCCAGUUCCCCGCGCCCGGCAGGCUUUUCGCCCGGAAGCUGAUCCCAGGAGUUUACAGCAGCCGAGACUUGUAUUUGCUGUGGCCGCUGGCGCAGCGGUUGCAUUUACUGGUGAAUACGUCUUUUGCACCGGACGAGGCCCUUGACAUGGUGAACUCUUUGAAGGCAGAGCGGGAGGCCUCCUGCUUGGCCGGCAGUGAGCUCACUGUUCUGGUGUCGUGGGAUCACUGUAGUAUCCCUGCCCUGGCACAAGCGCUGGGCUGCGAGGAUGAGAUGUGCAAAUUGUGUUGGGACGACGCUGACUUCGACAAGGUCCUUUGGCUGAGGUUCACCGCCCUGACGUCCGACACGAGGUGGAACCUGACGCCACGCGCGGUGGCGGAAGGCUUUGCAGCGCCAAAGAGCGUCGCCGGAUACCGGGAGUGCCUGGGCAACCCCGCAGAGAGCUCCAACUUCGGCUUCAAAUGCCACGCCCCGGAGGCCUGGAGGACGCUGCCCGAAGAUCGAUCAGGUCUUUCCUGACGAGGUGUGUGAGUUACAGACUUUUGAGCCUUGAGCGCCCCAAACCCUUGGCA